GGGAGGCCGAGGAAGUUUCUGCUGCUGAGCUAGAGUAGCCUAUCUUGGUGGGGGGGAAAGGGAAGGAGAGAGAGAAAGAAGGCACCGUAAGGCAUUUGCACAUAUUCUAGAGUAGCGGGUUAUCACACAAAAGUAAACAUGCCUUCAGAAACAGGAAAAUCAGACAUGGAGAGGAUUGGCCUCUUUAGUGAAAUGGAAUAUGUUUCUAUUGGGGAUAAAUAUGUCUCGCCAUUUAACCGCCCCUUUAAUGAAGCUGCAAGCAAGAACAAGCAAAUGUUACCAGGGGGUAACAAAGAGAAGGCAGCUACCCAGGCAGGUUACUUUGACCCUGUAUAUGCAAGAAUUUUUGAAGGUGAAAGCUAUUUGAACCCUGUCCAGCUAAGGAGAAGAUACCGAAUGGCAGAGGCAAAGAAAAACCUGAGCAAACCCUUCCUUCCUAGUAAUGGAGAGAAAUAUCCUUGUGGUAUAGGAACCUACUAUGGAACAAUCGGUGGCCCAUGUGCUUACUUCAGUGCACAAGCAAAGGACAAAACGCCAUAUGUUCCACCUGGGAAGAAUCUGUAUACCAAUCCAGGGAAGAAGGGAACUGGCUACGGGUAUGCAAAUCUUACCAUAGGUAAACCAUACCCACACGCAGUGGAAUUGUAUGACAUAGGAAGGAUAAACUUUAAGAAAAUGAGUGAAGAACACCACCGUUUGAUGAAAGGUGGAGCUUUCAAGUUGAAUCUUUACCCACGAGAAUAUUUUGAUGUGAAUCCUUACCAUGAUGACAAACCAUUGCCACCACCAAAGAAACAACCCCCGCCAGCACCAGUUACCCAUCCAUUUAAGCCAACUUCUCCUGCAAAGAAGCCUGGGGGCAUGAAAGCAGGCACAUUUGAUCCUUAUCCAACCCAUUCCAUAGACCCUUACAUGGUUAAACCGGCAAAGCCUGUCACAACCAAUAAACAAGGGCGGGUAUUUCAUCCUUCUCCUGGACCGAAGAGCAGACCAGUAAGAAGUAUUAUGUCAUUAAAUGUUGAAAAAUCAUUAAAUGCAACCAACUACACGAAUCCACAAGUGAUGUCAUAUUAGCUGCACCAAAGCAAGGUGAAUGAACUUUUUAGAUUCUGCAAACAGUAGCAUUUUAACAGCUCAAGGGUAUCUGAAGCAAAUAAAAAAAAAGUGGGAAAUAUGUCAAAUAUGGCUAUCCUUUGCCAAAACUGUUUACCACACAUGACGAUGUUUUAUGAAUAUAUUCUUUAUAUAUAUAUAUAAAGAAAUAGAUAAUAUAUUUACAAAUAAUGUAUAUAAAAAGUGAAGUAUAUUUUGGUAUAAAUGUUAUUUUGAUUGUAUGUAGCACUAGCAAAAAUAAAUACUUGCAUUUGGUGAA